AACAAGUGAGAGAAGAAACAUACAACGUAUAAUUCCCUUCCCACGCUCUCUCUCUGUCUCUCUCUCUCUCAGGCGUGCCAUUAUAGUUUUCUUCAAGCUCUUCUGUAACAACAGGAAUCCAAAUUACCCCAUAAUCAAUGACUCUUGUCUCCAUUGUUCCCUCCCCAUUCUCUCUCUGCUCUCCUCUGUAAUUUGUCUCUUUGGCAUCAUUUCUCUCUCUCAUUUCUGCAGCUUUUUGACCCCUCAAAUCCCAGACACUACUCGAUUAUCUCUGUUUCCCCCACACCUCUCUUUAUAUAUUAGCUAUGGAGGCUUAUGGCUUGCAGAGGAGACACAACAGGGAGAUUCAGAACCCUUCUUUCUCCUCCACUCUGCUCGACGCUAUUUACCGCUCCAUUGACGCCGGCGAAGGAGAGGAAGAACAAGAGAAUUUGGUGCUGGAUUUUCAAGAUUCCAUGAGGAAGAAGCAGAGCAAGUGUUCUGUGAUUAAGGGUAGCUGUAAAAAUGGCGGCUUUCUUGAGGAUGAGGCGACGGCGGCGGGGUUCCGGCGGGCGUGCAUGAUUGAGAAGUGGAUGGGCGAGCCGGCGGUGGUUCGCCGGAAAUCCACGGCGGAGGUGGACAGGAAGAUGAGGGCUUGGAAUUCUAGCUCUAGCGGCUCGUCGGAUUCCAGCUGCGGCGGGGUUUUCUCGUCGUCGGAGGCGGAAUCCGUCGCCGGAGUUUCCUCCGGGUCGUCCUGCUACGGGCUGAACCGGCCGAAACCGAACCCGGUCCGGACCGGGAACCCGCCGCAAGUGAAGACGAAGAAAUCCAGAGCUCUCAAGAUUUACGGCGACCUGAAAAAGGCGAAACAGCCCAUUUCCCCCGGCGGCAAGUUAGCCAGUUUCUUAAACUCCCUUUUCACGGCCAAAAAAGCCAAAAUCUCCGCCGACGAGGACAGAAAGGUAAAAUCCGCAAACGCCUCCACGUGCUCCUCCGCCUCCUCAUUCUCCCGCUCCUGCUUAAGCAAAAAUACCACUCCCUCCUCCACCGCCGCAAAAACCGCCGGAAAACGCUCCGUCCGGUUCUACCCCGUCAGCAUAAUCGUCGACGAGGACAGCCGCCCAUGCGGCCACAAAAACCUCGAACUCUCCGUCAAAGAAGAGCUCCAACUCCGCGUCAUGGAAAAGAACCGCCGCGUCGAGGAGGCGGCGAGGGACCUUCUAAGAAACUACCAGAAAAAAGUGGAAAGAGAGUUCGAUUUGAUCAGAAACACCAACGUCGUAAAAAACCUUAAAGUCUUCGAGGACGAGGAGGACGAGGAUGACGAUGAUGAUGACGCGGCUAGUUACGCCAGCUCAGACCUCUUCGAGUUGGAUAAUCUUUCCGCCAUUGGAAUGGAGAGGUACAGCGAAGAAUUGCCGGUGUAUGAAACCACCCAUCUUGACACCAAUCGAGCCAUUGCCAAUGGGUUAAUUUUGUAAUUUCAAGAAAAAUAAACCCAAAAAAAAAAGUGUAUUAAUUAAUUUCUAGUAAUUACUGUUAUUAUUAUUAUUACUGUGUUAGUUAUAUUGGUUUGGGGGGUUUACAAUAUAAUCAAAGAGAAAUAAAAUUUCUCUAUGAUAUAAUAUAUGCAUGACUCUUGAUCUUAUCA